GGAGCGUUUCAGGAGCUGGUACGAGCUGUUGGCGGGGUAUGCGGUGUGGUUAGUGGAAGAAGGCAAGAGACAGCGGCUGUGCAUGACUGCAUGCGUUUCUAAAUGCUACGUAGCAGAUGUUUUAAGGCGAAAUGGCUCCAGUACGACAAAGAAACGCGAAAGGCGCGAAUGCCGCCGAAAUAGAGAAGAAAAUUAAAAGAGGUAAUGCGCUCAGGCAGGGAUCUUCAUGGCGGGGGUCCCGUUUGCUUGUGGCCUUGCUGCUGGUUGCUCUGUCUGCAUGUGGGAUGGCCACAUGGCUGUACGUGACCUCUUUGGACGCAGACAUCACAGAAACUCUGGUCAGCCAAGGGGAGCUGGUCUCACCUCAGGUCAGAGUCUACAGCAUCCGGUGCUCUGAAGACUAUGAGAACUACAAACGCUAUCCAGGAUGCACCCCUCAGACGUGCGGCCGUGCAGUCACUGACAGCGUGGUGACGAGAGAGGAGGCUCUGACACUCAGGAGGUUGGCUGAGAGGGGGCUGGCGCUGGCUGGGUCAGAGGGAGGAGCCUCCAUAUUGGACCUGCACUCUGGAGCCUUGUCAAUGGGAAAACAGUUUGUCAACAUAUACAGGUAUUUUGGGGAUCGAAUCGGGGAUGUAUUCACACAGGAGGAUUUACAGCUUUACAGAGAUGUACGUGGGCGAAUCCAGGAAGUUAUUGCUCAGACGUUUGAUUUGGACCCAACUCUGAUGUACCUCACCAAGCCCACCUUCUUCUCCAGGAUCAACAGCACCGCAGCCAAGACCCAACACGACGAGUACUGGCACCCGCACAUCGAUAAGGUGACUUAUGGAUCUUUUGACUACACCUCUCUGCUGUACCUGUCUGACUACGGCUCUGACUUCACCGGAGGCAGAUUUGUCUUCAUGGACCAGAACGGCAACCGGACUGUGGAACCACGGGCAGGGCGAGUCUCUUUCUUCUCUUCUGGCUCAGAGAACCUCCACCGCGUGGAGAAGGUAGCGUGGGGGACACGCUACGCCAUCACCGUGUCCUUCACCUGCGACCCUGCACAUGCCAUCUCUGACCCCACCCUGCCGUGAGGCAUCCACGGAUGACAGAUGGCAGCACUGCCCACUGGCUCAGAGGCCCUGCAACAAAGAGAAUAGGAAGGGUUAAAAGACAAGGGGAAGGUUAAAGAUUUUACAUGCAGGUUUUACUCAGCGGUAUUCUGUAGCUGCUCGGUCAAUAUUUUCAAUUUUCUCAAUUUUUUCCCCCCAAGUGUUGUCUUGCUGGUGGUGCAACAGAAGAAUGAGCCACAUGUCUCCCUCUCUGAUAUAGGAGUGUUUUCCUGUUUGUUGCAUACCCUUGUGUUUCGGUCCUGUUUUCUACAGAGAACUCUGUAUUUUCUUGCACCAUCUUAAUCUCCGGUUUUAGGGGAUUUUCGGUCCCCCUGCAGGCUUGCACAAUCUUUUCUUUGUCAUUCAGGGAACAGUUAGAAAAAAAAACUGUUUCUUUGCUGAAAAAGAGUCAAAGAGGCCAAAGUAGGAUUUCCUGCGUCUCUGUGUUUUUUCAUUUUAAGAGAGCUGUCGAUUCCCUGCAGGAGAGAUCCCAAUCUUGCGAACUGCCUUCUGAAUCAACCUUUUAUCACCAAUACCCCCUACUCUUCCUCCAUCCUAUGACCAAUGAGGUAUUUUCUUCUAAGAAGAACCCUCUCUCUGUCCCAGUCAUUUGUUUUGUUUUUCCUACCUUAUGCUUCUGUCCAGUCCUGAAGACAUUUUGAAGUAAAAUUACAUCAAAGGUUUUUGUUUCUUUGCCUAAUUUUGUCAUUUCUCUUCUUCCCUCCAUUAUUUUAAAACCAGCAGCCUGGAAUAUUAAAACAAAUAUUAAUACCCUAGCACACUUAAAUUGUAAUAUUUUUUAUUCAAUUAAUCAAUGUUAUACCUGUCUCUACCUCUGCCGACUGCUACUAGAGCCUCAUCUGCCCUUCCAGCCACUUGAGGAAUUGCUUGAUUGAUCAAACACCUUGAUCUGCUUGGGAACUCAUCAUCCUUGCCUUUCUUAUUUUUCGCACAACUGCCCUGAACCACCCACUGUCUCCAUCCUCAUUUCUUCUUUAUUGAUUCCAGAGUUUGACUUUGAUUUUAGAAGCAUCAUUUUGUAUUAAUUUUACAUGCCAAACACCCAUUUCAGUUUUUACCCUAUAAUGGGAUUUAAAUUUUAAUGGUACUUUCUUUGUGAAAUAGAAUUUUUAU